AUGGAAUUGAAGCUAAAGGUGAUAGGGAGAGAAGUAAUCAAACCUGCUUCAUCCUCACCUAAAGAUCACAUUCAACUCUCCAUCCUCGAUCUUUCUUGUCCCGCAAUCUACGUGUCGACCAUCUUUUUCUACAAAGCUCAAGAUCUCGUCACCGUGUCGUCGGAGAAACUAAAAAGCUCUCUUUCCGAGACUCUUUCACGCUUCUAUCCACUCGCUGGACAAAUAGAAGGCGUCUCCAUCAACUGCAACGACGAAGGAGCUGUCUUCACCGAGGCAAGAACCGAUCUUCUUCUCCAAGAUUUCUUGCAAAACCUCAACAUUGACUCUCUAGAAGAACUUCGCCCGACAAUCUCCCCCGGAGAUUCUCCAACUACGUGGCCAUUGUUGAGUGUCAAGGUCACUUUCUUCGGAUCUGGAUCAGGAGUCGCAAUCUCGGUAUGUGUCUCUCACAGGAUCUGCGACGCGUCCUCAUUGUUGACCUUCGUAACAGAUUGGGCCGCCACAACGGCCAAGAAGAAGUCAAAUGUGAGUACUCUUCAGUUUGCCGAGACCAACAUUUAUCCUCCUCCUCCUCCACAUAUGGCUUCACAGUCUCCACCAACGGAUCAGCCCAAUGCUAAUCUCACAAAGAAGAAUGUAAUGAAUCGUUUCGUCUUCGAGUCAUCCAAGAUCGCUGAGCUCAAACGCAAGACUACUAGCGAAAGCGUUUUAGUGCCUACACGUGUGGAAGCUAUCACGUCGCUUAUAUGGAGAUGUGCAAGAAACGCCUCGCGGUCUAACUUGGUAGCUCCAAGGUCAACGCUAAUGUAUCAAGCCGUGGACUUGCGUCUUAGGAUUCCUACUAAUGUUUUGUCAAUGGACGCGAUCGGUAACCUACAAACAGCGUUCUUUCUCAAGAAAGACGCUGAGAGCGAAUUGGAAAUCCGCGAGACCGUGGCUGCAUUUAGGAAGGCUAAAGAAGAGGUCAACGAGGUGAUACAAGAGAAUCUCAAAGGCGAUACGCUUGGUCAAGGGUUGAUGAAUGUGAUGGGAAAAUUUGUGUCCGAGUAUAAACCGGACAUAGACAUAUACACAAUGUCUAGUUGGUGCGGUAAGCCUUUCUACGAGGUUGAUUUCGGUUGGGGAAGUCCGGUUUGGAUGGGAUCUGCAUCGCAUAGUAUCUAUGAUGAUAACAUGGUGUAUGUUGUGUUGAUGGAUUCAAAGGAUGGUGAAGGUGUAGAAGCAUGGAUAAGUUUACCUAAGCAAGACAUGUCCGUGUUUGUUUGUGACCAAGAGUUGCUUACUUAUGCUGUUCUUAACCCUCCGGUCUUGGUCUAA